AUGGAGCCCGAUAAUAAUAUCCAGCAAGUUCGAAUGAAUCUGACGCCCUAUGUUGACGUACUUCGAUACCUAUUGAACCAACAAAGCACAAGGAAGAUCGCUCUCUGGAUGUCUAUUAAUGCUCGAAGAAUUAGCCCUGCGGUUCCUCGACCUCAGACAAAGGAAAAGGAUCUUCUGCCUCAUCAAGCACGUAUAGAAUCAAUGGAAACAGCACUCAAGAAGUCAAUCGAAAGUAUUCCAGCACUUGAAGAACCAAGGCCUGUUCCAAAGACCAUUUUCUCCAAGCUACCUGAUGAGGUGCUGCGAGACGUUUUCUCGUAUUGCAAGCCAAAGACUCUUGCAAAGAUGGCAAUGACGUGUAUUGAUAUGUACCAUUCAGUCAUUCCAUUCAUGUACAACAAGCCAGAACUCAGCUCUACGUCAGGACUGAAGGCUCUGAUCGCCACCAUACGUCUCGACGAGAUUCUCUUCCCAGCCAAAACAUAUAGAACUGAAGAGACAUUUGGAAGCUAUGUUAAAAUUUUGUCGCUUGAAUCACUAGGAUUCAAAGUCACACCUGGCGAAUCUGGAGCUAUUGCAGAAUUCUUAAAGGAAAAUGCGAAUUUGAUGCCAAAUAUUCGUAAAUUGCAUCUACCCACCGUCAUCGCAUUGAAUGCUAUACAAGCACUGCGCAUGAUUGAAAAUUGGCCUGAUUUGGUGCAUUUUGGAGCUGUAUUGUUGUCAACAAGCCGGGAGCUAGUUGACCAUAAACUCUUCAAUUCCUGCCUCUCACGAACACUGUCAUUAUCUGAGCCUACUCAACGAGCUUGUUUUUAUUUGAAUGGCAAACUUGGAAACACGCAAUCGUUGCACUUGAUUCAGCAACCACAACAAACAGAGCGCUCUAUCAACUUGAAUCCGGAUUCGGUUAUCAGGUUGAUUGAGUCGUCUCGCAAACACCUGACAAGCUUCUCCUUGUCCACAGUGCGUGACAUUGAUGGCCGUCUCUCGCCAAGUCUAUUGUCAGCAUUGUCUAUAUAUGUCAAUGAUCAACUCGUCAAACUGGUACUCACUAGGCCUGGAGCAACGCUUGAUGCCAAUUCCUUUGCCAACUUUUCACGAGCUUGCCCAAACCUUACCACACUAUGCAUUGGAGGUGGACCAGCAGAUUUGCUUAGCGACGAAAUCAUAGCUGGUCUGGCAGGUCUCACACAUCUCAAAAUAUUAUACCUUCGCUCAACACAACUAAGAAAGGCCGACUCCGUAACAGAUUUGAUCUUAACCAAUCGAAGAACUUUACGGGUCGUGUAUGUUGUAGGUGAUUCAGCCUUUUGGGACGCACAUCCAGCUCAAGUUCUCUCUACAGCUGCAUUGCCGUUCCCAAAACUUGAAAUAUUGGCAUUGUGUGGCAUGCGAAGGCCGCAAAACGCAAUCCUAUUCCUAGAAGGAGGUCAGGAGAUGCCUGAUUAUUGCUUUGACAUGAUUGGUCUCUGUCCAAAACUAUAUGCCAUAAGGUUGACGCCCAAUCCCGCUGGAGGUGCUGUAGCAGCUGUUGCGGCCGCUCAAGCUGCCGCUAUUCCCGAAGUGAAUAUGGAUAUUGCUGAGGAUUUUGCUGGCGAUGAUGACGAUGAUAUGAUAGUUGCUCCCGGAAUCAACGUACAAGGAGGACCUCCAGUACCAGCUCCAGCUCCCAAUGCACCACAACCUCUGGGUGCUGCUUUGCAUCAGCUUGAACACGCUGUUGAUCAAGCCCAAAAUGGUAAUGCCGCGAUUCAAGCUCAAAAUGCUGUGUUUCAAGCUCUUGGAGUCUUAGGCAACAUUAACCCAAACAAUCCCAAUCCAAAUCCCAAUAACAAUAAUAAUCCCAUUCCUCCUGGUUUUCCACUUUUUCCCAAUGCUGCCCAAAUAAUGGCAAACCAACCAAAUCUACGCUUACCACGUUUGCCCCUCAAGAUUGGUAACGCAUAUGCGUGUGCUCCUCUCUUCUGCACGGAAGUCUCUCGCUUUGAUGACCCUGUAGUCUUCACCAUGUAUAAAAGACAUAUAAAGCAUAGGAACAAGACCUUGAAACGUGGAAACACUGCAGGAGCAAUAGCUGGACAAGCUACUCGUCCACAGCCACCUGUCGACAACGAUGGAUUUCCACCACUCGAAGAUGAAGACGACGAACAGCUAACUCUUCCACCACCAUUACCUCCCCAUGCUAAUCAUCAUCACCAUGGACCACUAGGAUUGCAGCAGCUAUUUGGCGGUGGAGGUCCAAACUUUGGAAAUAUGCCAGUGAUGGGUGGUGCACAAAUAUUCGCUCUGGGAGGUCCUCUUGGUGGUCAACUCGAUCCUCUUGGUAAUGGUGCGGGUGGUGGUAUUAUUGGCGCUGCUGGAGGACCUGGAGGCAAUAAUAAUAACAACAAUAAUAUCCCACCUGGUCUUGGUGGUCUCUUUGGUGGAAUUCUGGGCCAACUUGGACUUCCAAUAGGUGCGGGUAUGCCAUUCCAGAUGCCUGGUGGUCUUCCUGGUGCUGGUGGUGGUGCUGCUGCUGGUCCUCCUCCUCCUGCUGCUGGUAACAAUAAUAAUAACAACACCAACAACAACAACAUCAACAAUCAAGAAGGAGCAAAUCAAGAUGGCAUGGGGAUCGACAUGGUAAUAGAUUUGGUCUUCGCCCAUCAUGGGGAUGGUGACAACGAAAAUCAAAUGUAG